AUGCCUGAGCCAGCCAAGUCCGCCCCGGCCCCGAAGAAGGGCUCGAAGAAGGCGGUGACCAAGGCGCAGAAGAAGGACGGCAAGAAGCGCAAGCGCAGCCGCAAGGAGAGCUACUCGGUGUACGUGUACAAGGUGCUGAAGCAGGUGCACCCCGACACCGGCAUCUCGUCCAAGGCCAUGGGCAUCAUGAACUCGUUCGUCAACGACAUCUUCGAGCGCAUCGCGGGCGAGGCGUCGCGCCUGGCGCAUUACAACAAGCGCUCGACCAUCACGUCCCGGGAGAUCCAGACGGCCGUGCGCCUGCUGCUGCCCGGGGAGCUGGCCAAGCACGCCGUGUCCGAGGGCACCAAGGCCGUCACCAAGUACACCAGCUCCAAGUAGACUCGUCAAGUAAGCGUCCUGUUAACCAACCCCAAAGGCUCUUUUCAGAGCCACUUCAAUUCUCAUCUAAAGAGUUGUCACAUUAAGGAUUUCUCUGAUAGCACAUCCUCCCAGUUUUGUCACUGCGUUUUCUUAGAUAUUCUUUAAAGUAGAAACAUGACCUGUUCCUCCGUGCUUGGUAAAACAUGUCCUUUACUUCAGAAUUUCUCUACACUUUUCCUACCCUACAUGAUAUGGGGCCUGGAAAUUUGCAUAUAUGUGAUUUGCAGUUGGGUCUUAAAGGUUUGGGAGACAGCGAGGGAGAUGUGAAAAGAAAGUUCCCUUUUCCUUAAACCCUAGCAGUUGCCUUACUCUGGCAACAGCAAUGCCACCACCCCAUCCACCCUCUCUGGCUUCUACACUCCCAGAAUCAUUUCCACCCUGUGUCGCACCCCCCCCCUUCCGUCCCCCCCCCUCCCCAUUCGUUCUCAGGCUGAAUUCCACCUUGCCUGUUCUCCAACCUUACAAUUUUUGACAACUUGUUUCCUGUGUGCCUUAAGCCCUCUAUGUGGCUACUGUUUCCUUCACUUGUCUCUGGGAAUACCUUAGUUUCGGCUUUUAAGUAUUCCGCGACGUGUGUAACUUGUAAAUUCUGUUUGUAAAAAUCCAGAAAAACGAAAACUUUUCAUGAUGCAUGGCCCUCAGCCUCCAUUGAUUUAAAGGGCCAUUACUCCUUUACAUUGGAAAGCAUUUGGGUAGUGCACUUCCUCUCUCCAUUGGCACUUUGGUAAUCAUACAAGAUACCCUUCUUGCUUUCAAGGGAUUGCCGGUCUCAGGUUUAUCAGCGUCAUUUCUUCCAGGCAGGGAAAGUAUUUAUUCCAGGAUACAGAAGUGAAUUGAAUUUGAGGUCCGCUGACAGUCGUAGGGAUGUGGGAUUUCCUUUCCUAGGCCAACCAAGGCUUUCUCUUUUGGCUGACUCGUACAUUUAAGGAAAGCUGAACAAAGAAGGCACCAAGGAAGGAGAUGAGAUAUGGAGCCUAGUGCUGGAGAGAGGAGAUAAUCUACGUUAAGGUCCUUAAUAAAAGUGGUGAGAAAUGUA